GUAUGAGGUUAUUAUGAUAUAACCUAAAAGUUAUAGCAAAAUUAAGUUUGUUAAAAAUAUCAAAUUUUAUUUGAUUGUGUAUAAUACAUAAAAGGAUCGGUGUUGAAUAAAAAUGGCACAUAUUAAGAAACUGAGCGUUUCAAUGAGUAAAGCUGGACUGCCAUUUCCAGUACCUACAAAGAUUAUUAGAUUUGUUCGGAAAGGUUGUACUAAUAGACCAUUUUUCCAUAUAGUAGUUGCUGAAGCUAGAACAGAUCAACACGACCCUUCAAUAGAACAACUUGGAACUCAUGACCCUUUUCCAAAUGAACACAAUGAAAAAUUAACAUCCUUAAACUUUGAAAGAAUUCGAUAUUGGUUAACACAUGGAGCCAUUGCAACAAAUCCUGUUCUUGAGUUAUUAGGUCUUGCAGGAUUCUAUCCUAUUCACCCUCGGAGUUAUAUGACUGCCUGGAGAAACAGGGAAAAGGCAAAAGAAGCUUCUGAAGCUGCUAAAGAGACCAAAGAGGAGAAAAGUUAAUAAUAGGUCAUUUAGUUUUGUGUACAUUUUAGUAUGUUUAAGUAGAAAUAAGUUUAUUAUUUUGUAAAAAGUAAUUAUAAACAUAUAAACACAA